CUAGCUGGAAAACUGCUUAUCAUCCGAUGAUGACUGCUUAUCACUGGCGAUCUUCUUCAAAAUACAAUAGAAAAUAUUUUUGUGCUUAUUUCUGCCAGAUAGCUAAUUAUUGUUUUUUUUUGGCUACAAGAAAUUCAUCAAAGAGAGAAGCUACUAUUUCUACUUAUAUGGAUGAAGCAAAAUCAAUAGCAAAGGUUCACACUGAAAUUCUUAAUAGCAUCAUUGACUCUAUGUCAACUUUUAGGCAACCACUUGAUUUGGAAAAGGAUGAUAUUAAAGUGAUCCAGAGUCAAUCUAUGUCUGCAACUGGUAAUGGCGAAUUGUAA